CCUAGGUCUCCCGGAGGCGGCAACCGCUCCGCUCCGAGUCGGCUCUUCCCGGUUGGCGGGGCGCGCGGAACCGCGGUUCUCUGGCGACCAUGGGGGACCCCAGCAAGCAGGACAUCCUGGCCAUCUUCAAGCGCCUCCGCUCGGUGCCCACCAACAAGGUGUGCUUUGAUUGCGGCGCCAAAAACCCCAGCUGGGCCAGCAUAACCUACGGGGUUUUCCUGUGCAUCGACUGCUCGGGGUCGCACCGGUCCCUUGGUGUGCACCUGAGUUUUAUCCGAUCCACCGAGCUGGAUUCCAACUGGUCUUGGUUCCAGCUGCGCUGCAUGCAAGUGGGCGGGAAUGCCAAUGCGUCGUCCUUUUUCCACCAACACGGCUGCACCACCAACGACACCAACGCCAAGUACAACAGCCGCAGCGCCCAGCUGUACCGGGAGAGAGUGAAGUCGCUGGCCUCGCAGGCCACACGGAAGCAUGGCACGGACCUGUGGCUUGACAGCUGCGUGGUCCCGCCUUCGUCCCCUCCGCCAAAGGAGGAAGACUUCUUUGCCUCCCACGUGUCUCCUGAGGUGAGCGGUGAAAUGCAGGUGUCAGCAAAGCCAGAGCCAUUUCCUGUAACACCACGGGCUGCGGACGCCAGAGCAGAGAGGAAGGAAGGUGGAGCGGAGCCAGGGCCCAGCGUGGACGGCCUCGGCCUCGGCGCCCCGGGGAAGGCUGCCCCAGAAGUGUCAUCGAUCAUAAAGAAGAAACCCAACCCGGCCAAGCGAGGGCUUGGGGCCAAAAAGGGAAGCCUAGGAGCCCAGAAACUGGCGAACAGCAGCUUUACCGAGAUCGAGAAGCAGGCCCAGGCUGUGGACAAGAUGAAGGAGCGGGAGGACCAGGCCAAGGCGGCGCCCAAGGAGGAGUCUGUUGUGUCGUCCUUGCGCUUAGCCUAUCAGGAUCUCGAGCUUCACAUGAAGAAAGAUGCGAAGCCCGGAGUGACCGGCCGCAACGAGGCGGAGACGGAGCGGCUGGGCAUGGGCUUUGGGGCCUGCAGGGGUGGUGUUUCACACUCGGUGACGUCAGAUAUGCAGAUCAUAGAGCAGGAGUCUCCCACCCUGGCAAAACCAAGAAAGAAGUACCAGGAGGACAGCGACGAGUCGUACUUUUCCUCGAGCUCCAGGUACUUUGAUGAGCCCUUUUCCAGCUGGGAUGACAGGACGGACUCGUACUGGAAGAGAGAGAGCGGCCGGGAGCCCGAGGCGGCGGUGAAGAGCGCCGGCGCUGCAGACAGACCCGCUCGCCGGAAGCCGGACCACCAGCCCGCCCCCCACACCGACGAGGCCCAGAAGAAGUUUGGCAACGUCAAGGCCAUCUCCUCGGACAUGUACUUCGGAAGACAAGUCCAGGCUGAUUACGAGACCAGGGCUCGGCUGGAGAGGCUGUCGGCCAGCUCCUCCAUAAGCUCGGCGGAUCUGUUCGAGGACGAGCAGAGGAAGCAGGCGCCAGGAAACUACAACCUCUCGAGCGUGCUGCCCAGCGCCCCCGACAUGGCCCAGUUCAAGCAGGGCGUGCGCUCCGUCGCGGGGAAGCUGUCCGUGUUCGCCAACGGAGUCAUGACGUCCAUUCAGGACCGCUACGGCUCCUGAUCCCGGAUCCGCCCCGUCCGCCCGGAGACGCUGGCUCACCCGCUCGCUCGCCCCGGCCUGCUGAGCCCGGCAGGCGUGGGAGGCCGCCGCGCCCCUCGUGGUCCACGCCCCCCUCUGCCCUCGGCCGACCCCUCUGGUGGAUGUAGCCGCUUUCUCGUCCGUCUGUCUGUGUUCACUCCCGCUGGCAUGUCUGCACCCCCUUCUGCCUUACUUUCCUAGGGUCUUCCGUUCCAGUCGUAGGGGGAUGGAGGCUCCAGCUCCCCCUCUCCUCCCUGGACUGGGGAGAAGGGCUCCCCGCGGACGACCUGGGGCCAGGCUAGCCGGGGGCAGUGCGCCCCCCACCCAGGCCCUGCCACCCGGGGCUCCACGGGGCUCCACCCAGGGCCCCCACAGAAGGCGGCCCCGCCCGGCCGGCUGCGUUCCGACCCGCUCUGCCGGGGCGCGGGUCCCCUCUCCCAGGCCCCGAGUGCGGGGCGCGGGUCCCGCCUCUCCCAGGCCCCGAGUGCGGGGCGCGGGUCCCCUCUCCCAGGCCCCGAGUGCGGGGCGCGGGUCCCGCCUCUCCCAGGCCCCGAGUGCGGGGCGCGGGUCCCCUCUCCCAGGCCCCGAGUGCGGGUGCGGGUCCCGCCUCCCCUCUCCAUCUCCGUGUUCAGCAAGCCGCAGGAUGGGUGUCAAUCAGCAGGGAA